GCGCCCGUGCCCCACGCAUGGGGCAACCACGACCUCUACACCUUCAGCCGCGAGUACCUGCUGCGCUCCGAGCUCAACAGCGCGCCCCGGGGCGCCCCGGGCCCGGGCGCUGAGGCAGACGCCUGCUACGUCUAUCACUUCAGUCCCGCCGCGGGCUUCCGCUUUGUUAUGCUCGACGCUUACGACUUGAGUGUCCUCGGGUGGGACAAGUAUUCUCAGAAAUACCAGGACUCCCUGAAGCUCCUGAAAGAGAAGAACCCAAACGAGGAUCUGAACAGCCCUGUAGGACUUGAUGAGCCUCAGUUUGUGAAGUUCAAUGGAGGAUUUAGCCAACUGCAGUUGGAUUGGUUCAAUGAGGUUCUUACAGCUUCUGAUAAAAAUAGAGAGAAAGUUUUAGUCAUGGGUCACCUUCCCAUUCAUCCAGGCUCUACAAACAACGUUUGCCUUGCUUGGAAUUAUAAAGAUGCCCUUUCCAUCAUCCACUCUCAUCAGUGUGUGGUGUGUUUUCUUGCAGGCCACCUCCAUGAUGGUGGUUAUUGUCUAGACUCUCAUGGAGUCCAUCAUCUUACUGUGGAAGGGAUUAUUGAAACUCCACCACAAAGCCAUGCCUUUGGAACUAUAUAUGUCUAUGAAGAUAGAAUGAUAUUAAAGGGGAAAGGUAGAAUUCCAGACAAAGUUAUGUAUUACAGAACACAGUAGAUAGACCUAAAUAAAAAACUGAGCAUUUGCAGUACCAUGCUCCGUUUACUAAUAACAGGUGACCACUGAAGCCAUGGAGUUCAUCACAUUUCCCAUUUAUGUAAAAUGGUGUUUGUCACAACCCAAAGGGUGUGAUGUUUGUUUUUGUGUGCUUCGGCACUGCUAAAUUGUUCCCGCUAAAUUGCAGCUUCUUUGCACGGCGGAGUUUUCUGCUGCAAAAGA